CUCUGAUAUAAUUUUUCGCGAAUUGCGCGUACCAAAACAUUUUCGUUAUCUAGUAAUACUUGUUUUUUAUGGUCUAAUCAAAUUUCACACAGGGUUAGAGAGAUAAUGCCUAUGUACAUACUUAAAUCUUUAUGUAAUAUGAUAAAAGUAAUAUGAGAAGUCUCGUUUAAAACUUUACCAUAUCUUGUUUAACACUGCAAGUAGAUUGAUGCCGUUAACAUCAACUGAGCGUAAAAUAAAACUUUUUCUAUAAAGAAUGGACAUUAUAAUUACGGAUAUCGAUGUAAAAGAUGUCAGAUUUCCAACAUCAUUAUUGGCAGAUGGAAGCGAUGCUAUGCACACUGAUCCCGAUUAUUCUUGCGCGUACGUAACAAUAAAAACUAACCGAGAGGUCAAAGGAUAUGGAUUAACAUUUACUUUGGGUAGAGGGACCGAAGUUGUCGUUCAAGCGUGCAAAUCGAUGUCGUACUUGGUGAAGGGCCAAGAUGCUAGCAAGAUUUUUGCAAACUUUGGGUCCUUUUGGAGAAGAUUGACUAGCGAGUCACAAUUAAGAUGGAUAGGACCAGAAAAAGGUGUAACCCAUCUUGCUACAGCAGCUAUAAUAAAUGCGCUGUGGGAUUUAUGGGCGCGAAUAGAGAAUAAACCAGUUUGGAAACUACUGACUGAUCUAACACCUGAGCAAUUGGUUUCUACGAUAGACUUCAGAUACAUUACCGAUGUUAUUACGAAGGAGGAAGCGAUACAGAUGCUCAAAAACAAUGAGAAAGGAAAGGUAGAACGUGAAAAAGUAUUAGGAAAAAAUGGGUACCCCGCGUACACGACGCAAGUGGGUUGGCUGGGAUACAGCGACGACAAAGUUAAAGAUCUCUGCAAGAAGUUUUUAGGCCUUGGUUUCACGUCCUUCAAAGCAAAGGUCGGGCAGAAUUUAAAGGAUGAUAUAAAGAGAUGUCAACUGAUACGCGACAUGAUAGGAUAUGAAAAUAAAUUAAUGCUGGAUGCAAAUCAAAUUUGGGACGUCGACGAAUCGAUAGAGUGGGUGAAACAAUUGAUGAAGUUUAAACCAACUUGGAUCGAAGAACCAACAUCCCCGGACGACGUUUUGGGCCACGCUAAGAUCGCUAAAGAAUUAAAACCGUAUGGGAUUGGUGUUGCUACCGGCGAAAUGUGCGCGAAUCGUGUUAUGUUCAAACAAUUGUUACAAGCAAAUGCAAUUAGUUAUUGUCAAAUUGAUUCGGCUAGGAUAGGCGGGAUCAACGAAAUAUUAGCUGUUUAUUUCAUGGCAAAGAAAAUGGGAGUUCCAGUGUGUCCACACGCCGGAGGAGUGGGUCUAUGUGAAAUGGUCCAACAUCUCCAAAUGUGGGAUUUUAUUUCUUUGAACACGUCUACCGAAGAUCGCGUGAUCGAGUACGUUGACCAACAACACGAACAUUUCGAGCACCCUGUACGAGUUCAGAAUGCUUGUUACAUGCCACCCACGGCUCCGGGGUAUUCGACUAAAUUCAAAGAUGAUUGUAUUAAAAAGUAUACAUAUCCAAAUGGCGAACAAUGGAAGUACAUGUAUGAGAAAGGGCUCUUCCAAAAACCAUCUGAAUUAAACACAAAAUCAUAACGUAUGAACUUACAUUGAGCAUAUAAUGUUCAUAUUAACAUAAAUGUAUUCUUCGUUAAAUCAAGAGUAUUACGAAAUUUUUAUACCAUAAUAUUUAGGAGAAAUAAUUGUAAGAAUAUUAAGAUUCUUUAAUCAU